GGACUCUCGGGCCGGCUUUGGAGCUCGCGCUAGAAGCUCAGUUGCAGGCCCGGGAGAAACUUGUGUGGCCAACUCUCGCCCCGGGCGCUCCGUGUUGCAGGAACUCUCCGGAAUCCGGAGGGGGAAGACCGGGUCGCGCUUCCAAGGGGAUUCGUCAAGAGUUCCGGCGGCAGCUCCGGCGGCAGCUGAGAGUCCCUUUGUCCUGCUAGGACCUCCCUUCCUCCGUCCCUCCCUCCCUGUCAGUUCUUGGGGCCAGCUGCCCCAGGCGCCGGCGCGCUGCUGCUUGCUGCUCCCACCCCAGGGUGCGUCCCUGGUGACACUGACCACCUAAGUGCACCCUCUGACUCGAGCCGAGGGGGCUGCGAGCAGGAGGGAGUCCCAGGCCCCUGGCCACAGGAUGGUGGCGGGGCUGACCCUGGCCCGCAGUCCCGGGAGCUGGCUGGUCCCCGGGCUGUGGCUCCUGGCGCUGAGCGGCUCUGGAGGUCUGGUGAGCGCCGAGGAGCAGCCCUCCUGCAGAGGAGCCUUUGAUCUCUACUUCGUCUUGGACAAGUCUGGGAGCGUGGCAAAUAACUGGAUUGAAAUUUAUGAUUUUGUCCAGAAACUUACAGAGAGAUUUGUAAGCCCUCAAAUGAGAUUAUCUUUCAUUGUGUUUUCUUCUCAAGCAAACAUUAUUUUGCCAUUAACUGGAGACAGAUACAAUAUUGGCAUAGGCUUGGAGAAUUUAAAAAAUGUGAAGCCUUCAGGAGAGACAUACAUCCAUGAAGGACUAAAGCUCGCAAAUGAACAAAUUCAGAAAUCAGGAGCUUUUAAAACCUCCAGUAUCAUAAUUGCUCUGACAGAUGGUAAGCUGGAUGGUCUGGUGCCACAAUAUGCAGAAAAAGAGGCAAAGACAUCCAGGUCACUUGGAGCUAGAGUAUAUUGUGUUGGUGUCCUUGAUUUUGAACAAGCUCAGCUCGAAAGAAUUGCUGAUUCCAGGGAACAAGUUUUUCCUGUUACAGGCGGAUUUCAAGCUCUAAAAGGAAUAAUUAAUUCUAUACUAGCUCAGUCAUGCACUGAAAUCCUGGAAUUGCGGCCCUCAAGUGUCUGUGUAGGGGAGGAAUUUCAAAUUGUUUUAAAUGGAAGAGGCUUUGUCUUGGGGAGUCGGAGUGGCAGCGUCCUCUGUACUUACACUGUUAAUGAAACAUACACAAAGAGUGUACAGCCAGUCAGUGUGGAGCUUAAUUCUAUGCUUUGUCCGGCACCUGCCCUUAAUAAAGCAGGAGAAACUCUCGAUGUUUCAGUGAGCUUUAAUGGAGGAAAAUCUGUACUUUCCAGCUCAUUAAUAGUCACAGCUACGGAAUGUUCAAAUGGGACUGGAGCACUCAUCGCUAUUUUGGUGCUGUUGCUGCUGUUGGGCAUUGGUUUGAUGUGGUGGUUCUGGCCCCUUUUCUGCAAAGUGGUUAUCAAGGAUCCUCCUCCACCACCACCCCCUGCACCAAAAGAGGAGGAAGAAGAACCUUUGCCUAACAAGAAAUGGCCAACUGUGGAUGCUUCCUAUUAUGGUGGUCGCGGAGUUGGAGGAAUUAAAAGAAUGGAGGUUCGUUGGGGUGAUAAAGGAUCUACUGAGGAAGGUGCAAGACUGGAGAAAGCGAAAAAUGCUGUUGUAACAAUUCCUGAAGAAGAAGAUGUACCUGUCAGGCCUAAACCACCUCGACCUAGACCCAUACAGCCUCCUCAGACGAAGUGGUACACACCAAUUAAGGGUCGUCUUGAUGCACUCUGGGCUUUGUUGCGGCGACAGUACGACCGGGUUUCCUUGAUGAGGCCUCAGGAAGGAGAUGAGGGCCGGUGCAUAAACUUCUCCCGAGUUCCAUCUCAGUAAAGGAAACCAAGAAGAUCAAGAAAGUGUCAAGAUUGUCCAUCUUCACACUGCUGAUUUCCAACCCAACAGAAAAAAAAAACACACCAAAAAACAAAAACAAGUGUAUUUCAGAAGUUUUGGGAAGAGCAGCUUUAUUCCUUCCAGUCAGGAAAUGUUUUCUCUGCCUUCUGCUUUGCUUACACCAAACAUUUUCAAACACUUGUUCUGCCAUCUACAUGGAUGUUUAUGAAACCCAGUGGUAACUCAUGAUUCAUGACACUGAAAAGAAAGAGGGUUAAUCUACAUGCUAUAGUUUAUACAGAAAGUUAGUUUGAAUGUGUAGAAAAGACAAAAGCAUGAAGAUGGAGAGCAUGGAGAUGACAUAAAAAUGGAGCCCACAAAACAAGUAGCUGUGAUUGAUUGUUCACAGAGAAAGGAGAGUUUACCAUGGAAACAUGGCACUUGUGUUUUCACAUGGCAAGAUUGCUAGCCACAGGCUGAGUAUGAGAUUUCCCACCAGGCUAAGCAGAUAAAGGAAUCCAUUGCCUUAUAACUUUGUCAAAUCGCAAAAUCUUCCACAGUGUACCUUAUGGGAAGCUUCUGACUGGAAAAUCUUGUCAUUAAAACACUGAAAAGUGCACCCACAUGUCAAAAUGUAGA